AAGGAGGAUUAUCAAAUGAAAAUCCAAAAAUCCAGGAAACCUUAUCCAUGCCCCACAUCGGCUUUCGUCAAAUGGGAAGCCCCUCCUCCCCGUCUUCUUCCGCUUGAAGACCUUCCUUCCCCAAACACCAUUUCCUCCCACACAAUGCUAUCCAUGGCUUCCACAAGUACUUCUUGCUCUUCUCCCCUCUGCAACAAAAUCUCCAACUUCUCAAUCUCCCACUCACUCCCUCCAAUCCCCACUCACUUACCACCAAACAUUAAACCCCUAAAACCCCUCAAGCUCAAAGCCCGUUUCCAUAGCUUCCCUCACCUCUCUCCUGCCCCCAGUUUCCGCCGCUCGUUGGCGGCGUUCGACGGCUUUGAAGCCAAAGAAGACAGUGAAAGCCAAGACGAACAAGACCCAGAAACACAGCUCCAUGAAAAGCAAGAAGAAGAAGAAGAAGAAGAGCAAAGAGAGGAAGUGGCAAAGAUAUCAGACGUUGGGAGGCUAUAUGUGGGGAAUUUGCCCUAUAACUUGACUUCAACCCAAUUGGCUGAGGUUUUCGGGGAGGCCGGCACGGUGGUUUUUUCAGAGAUUAUUUAUGACAGAGUCACAGAUAGAAGCAGGGGAUUUGGAUUUGUUGCAAUGUCAACUGUUGAGGAAGCUCAGGAUGCCAUUAGGAUGUUUGAUGGCUCUCAAGUAGGAGGUAGAAGUGUGAAGGUGAACUUCCCAGAAGUGCCAAGAGGAGGCGAAAGGGAAAUGUUAGGACCCAACAGACCAAGGGCUGGGUUCAAGGUGUACAUAGAUAGCCCUCAUAAGGUUUAUGCAGGAAACCUUAGUUGGGGUUUAACUUCACAGGGUCUUAAGGAUGCCUUUGAAGACCAGCCAGGGCUGUUGGGUGCCAAGGUCAUAUAUGAGAGGGUUUCUGGAAGAUCCAGAGGUUUCGGGUUUGUGACAUUCGAAACCAAUGAGGCUGCGGAAUCAGCUGUCGCUGCCAUGAAUGGAGUGGAGGUUGAUGGACGGCCUUUGCGAUUAAAUAUGGCAGCAGAGAGAGCAAGGACCGUUGUUUCCUCUCCAGCAGCAUCAGAAACAACUGCACAAGACACAGACAGCAGUGAAGUGGUUUCUCCACCAGCAUCAGAAACAACUACAGACAACACGGACAACAGUGAAUUGGUCUCUCCUCCAGCGUCGGAUACAACCACUGACAACACAGACAACAGUGAAUUGGUCUCUUCUCCAGCAUCGGAUACAACAACAGAAGACGCAGACAGCGGGGAAUUGGUUUCCAGCAUUAGCAUCUGAUUUAAAAUUGCACUACAAGGCAGCCUAGAACAAGAAGUUUUGCCACACAAAAUGAUGUUGAGGCUGUGUUGAUUUUUCAGUUGCAGGGGCAAAGUGAGACUCGAGUUUUGUUUCCAAGGAGCGAGUAAUUAGGCAUCAUGUAUAAACGAAUGGAAAACAAUUUCAAAGUAAUAUUAUUAAGUUGGUAAAUUCUCAA